AUGGUCACGCCCUUCCUUCAGCUCUCCUACCCCAUCCCCACCCCCAAAAAUCCCGACUCCUUCCCCGAAUCGCGCUACUACGGAACUGGGCCGCUCGACCUCUGCUUCAUGAUCACAUUAAUGGCCGCCAUGGCCGUCCUGCGCGAUGUCUUUCGCAUCUACCUCUUCGAGCCCUUUGCGCACUGGAAGCUGAAGCGGGACCUCGACGCGCGAUGGGCGGAGAAGAGGCGUCGUGCGGCGUCUGCGAACGGCGCAUCGAACGGACACGCGAACGGGCACGCGUCUUCCUACUCGAAGGAGGAGAAGCGCAUGAAGCGGUCCGUACUACGCUUCGCAGAGCAGGGCUGGUCCGCGAUAUACUACAUCUGGCAAUUCGCCUUCGGCCUCUACAUUCACAUCAACCUCCCCACCAAGUUCGCCGACCUCUCUGACCUGUGGACGGAGUAUCCCCACGCCACCCUCGCCGCUCCCGUCAAGUUCUUCUAUCUCAUGGAGAUCGCGUGCUACAUGCACCAGAUGCUCGUCCUGAACGCCGAGGCGCGCCGCAAGGACCACUGGCAGAUGUUCACGCAUCACGUUAUCACCAUCUUCCUCAUGCUCUCUAGCUACUACACGAACUUCACGCGCAUCGGCUGCCUCAUCAUGGUUCUCAUGGACUGGUGUGAUAUCUGGCUACCGCUAGCCAAGAUGGGCCGCUACCUGGAUAUUCCACACCAAAUUUACGACUACGCUUUCGCGAUCUUCCUUGUGUCAUGGUUUAUCACGCGACACGUCCUCUUCCUUAUGGUUAUGCGGUCAACUUGGUCGAUAGACAAGAUCAUCGAGCUCAAAUGGGCACCCGAGGAGGGACACUUCCUCACCAAGAACUUUUACUGGGCCUUUAACGGUGCAUUGGCUGCAUUACAGGUAAUACAGUGUAUCUGGUUCUAUCUUGUCUUGCGAAUCGCAUUCAGGGUGGUUUUCCAUGGGGAGACCGCCUCAGACGACCGCAGUGACGAGGAAGAGUGA